AUAAAAAAGCAUGUGGCCUAGGGUUUAAGGCACCGCGUUCAAAUAGAGAAUCACAAAUCGCUAGGGUUUUAUUACAUCUCUCAAAAGCCCCAAACUCAAAGAACAAGAUUGCAAUGGAUUCCUUCUCCGCUCCGCCGAGUCGUCCCUCCUCCCAAUUAUCCCCACAGGAUCUCAAAGAUCAGUUGAAAAGCCAACUUGCCAUGGAGUAUGCUCAACAGUUUCUUGAGACUGUGAGAGGAAAGUGUUUUGAGAAAUGUAUCACAAAACCAAGUUCAAGCCUCAGUGGGGGUGAAAGCAGUUGUAUCUCUAGGUGUGUAGACCGAUAUAUUGAGGCCACCGGCAUAAUUAGCAAAGCGUUAUUUAGUGGUCAACAAUGAAGUGGACAACCUCCUCGGUAAAUCAUGAAAGUUGCUCAAGUUUUGGGAAUCACUUAAUGAUGUUUUAGAUUUUGUGUUCUUCUAGAAACAACUAUGCACUCUAUUUCAUAUGCCCGUGAUUUCACGGUUAUUUUCAACUCUUUGCUUAAUACUUGUACUUUAUUAUAACUAUUUUAAGUUUAUGAAUUGAUGCCCUGUUAAGAGGCCUUUUAAGUUUAA